UGCACGGUAUACGGUGUCGACUUCCAAGACGGUGGCAGCUAUUUCAUUGACUCCGGCUUGAGCGUCAACUUCACGCUUGCUACGCAGUUUGUUGAGUGUGACAAUGACACCGCGUACGUAUUGCUUGUCAAUGAAAGCACCGGCGAUGAGUACGAAUGCUCAAGACUGCCGACCAACCCCCAGCAUGUCUCGCAAAUCUCGACGUGUCCUAUUUCGAAAAGCCGGAUCACUUCUGGCAACUGGUCCAUCUUGACACUAGGAGAUAACGGCUACGGCGCACCUUUUGCAUACGAGCGCGACUUCUACCUCACUGCAUACCUACCGCAAAUUACUACGGUUACAGACGUUGUGACAUUCACUCGAACCGAUCAGUCAACCGCAACGGUCACC